UAGCCAAUAUGUUUAAAUCUGCAGCAAAUCAAUUUGUGGCUCUUGCAUUAUCUGGGAUCCUAUUCGUAGUGGAAGAUGUGACAUAUAACAUUUGUGAUCAGCGUGCUCAUGACUUUGAAAUAAAAAGAUUAAAUCCAAAGAUAAAAGUAUUCCGAAGGAGUUUAACACAAUUGGUAGCUGCAGCCACACUUGGCGUCAAUAAAGAAUUAAUAUUAGAUGGAAAUAUAAUAGCUGUAGUCUAUUAUAGAAGUGGUUAUGGACCGAGUCAAUAUCCCACAGAAGCAGAAUGGAAUGUUAGAUUGCUGAUAGAAAGAUCUAAAGCUAUUAAGUGUCCUUCGAUUCAGUAUCAUCUUGCAGGAACAAAAAAGGUUCAACAAGUUCUCACUCAACCCGGGGUAGUGGAGAAAUUUUUGAAUGGAGCACAAAUAGCUUCUAGAGUGCGAAAAGUAUAUACUGAUUUUGGGGGCAUUUGUCGGGCACAAUAAGAGGAUUAGGGGUGUCAAAAUUAAAGGUUAAUGGAUGGAAGUUAUUCCUGGAAUACUUCUUAAGAGAAACACUAAGGAAUACAUUUUUGAAUGCCAUACAAAAAAAAGCUACUGUCCCUUGGUCAUUUUCGAUUGAAAGUCAAUAAUCAAAAGACGUCGAUCUAAAUUUUCAUCGCAGAUUUAAAAAGUCAAGUCACCAUGAAAUUUCAUCUCACGGAAUUCCCACCUUCUGAUGAAUGCAAAGAAAUAAUAGA